GCCCGCCUCCCAGCCCCGACGACUCCAAUUCCCAGCGGGCCCGGGCCAGCUGCCGGAUUUGACUUUCGCUCCCAGCAGCAGCAGCCCCAGCCAGGCAGCCUCCGCUCAGGCCCGCCCUGCCAGGAGCCAGAUGGGCCCAGGCCGCCCCGCCUUCAGCGGGUGAGACGCGCUGCUGGGCCAGGGGCGUUCCCUGGGAGUCACGGGCCUGGCGGUGACGUGCGAAGCCUGGAGCACCCACGACGCUCGUUGCUCCCGCCGGGGCGACUCGCCCCUGUGUCACGCGCUGUGCUGGCUCCGCCAUCGCCGGGAAGGCAGCCAGCCCUGGGGAGCGCCGCGGCACCUGUUCCGGGCAGGCAGCUGACUUCAUAGAGGACAGGAGGGGGGAGCUCACAAUGACACAGGGGAGCUUGGGCCACCUGCACGCAGUAAUUGGAGCCAGCGAGCGGUGCCUGCGCUGCCCUUGCUGUUUUCCUCUUGUUGUGUGACACGCUGCGGCUUUGCAAUAUGCUGCUACGUGGGAACUUGGCGUCGGGUCAGGAGUGAUCCUGGACCUGGCUUAGAUGAUUCUUCCCAAAGAUGGCCCCUCUGGCUGCUGAGUCAUUGCUGGUCCCCGUGCAGAGAGAGCGCCUCCUUUUGAGUCAGCCCGCCUGCAACACCGAGCUGUUCUUUCAGUCUCUCCCAUCCAAGUACUGAGCUACUGUGAACUUGCUCAGCAGGGGCUGUGUGAUGCAAUCGCUGCCUCAGAUGGGUGAAGAGAUUCCUGGGGCUGAGAGUAGAGCUGGAGAGAUGACUGGGUGGGAUCCUAAGGUCUGGUGCUGCCGCCAAGCUCUGCUCCAACCAGCCGUGGUUAUCCUGAUGUCAGUCGCUUUCCUUCAUGUAGCCGUGGUGCGCACUCAGCACUAUUGCAGGGAAGCUUGGAGAGAGGGGGCUUUCCAGGCUGACUUCUUGUCCCAGCUGGCUCAGGGCAUGAGGGAGACCCUGGAGGAGUGGAUUGGCCGGGACACACUUCAGCUAGUGACAGAGAAUGUCUCUGCCGGGUUCUGGAUUGUGUCCUCUGGCAUCUCGGCAGGUCUGAUCACCCUGUCCGGAAUCGCAGGGCACAUCCUAAGCGCCUUCGGAGUGAAUGGUGAUCAUGUGGUCCAGCCCCUUAAGCUGGGCCCUGCCCAGGUACAGACCCUUCUGCUGUGGGGCCUGGCCGCUGUGGUGGGCUAUUGGCUGCUCUCGCAGCUGUUGGGCCUGUUGCUAUCCAUCCUGGGAUGUGUCAUGUGGGGGCUGAAGGUGGUGUUCUUCCUGGGCUGCUUCCUGCUGAUCGUCUCGGCGGUGCCCAACCCCUCGGUGCAGGCCUUGCUGCUGCUGUGCCUGCUCAUCCUGUAUGCCCUGCUGGGGAGGCUUAGUGGGGCGCGCCACUCCGGGAGUCAACUGGAGGCCAAGGUGCGCAACCUGGAGUGGCAGGUGGAGGAGCUGCGGCGCCAGCAGAGGCGGGUAUCCCCUAGGAACCUGGAGCAGGACGAGUGAGGGGCAGGAGGUGGCCCCUCCCAGCACACUACGGACUCUCACUCCACAAUUCACAGCUACCCUGGUCCUCUGCACGUGCUCAUGGGGGCAUCUCCACCCUCGGGUACUCACAGCCCCUCCCUUCUAUGCACAUUCACAGGCCCCACCCACUCAGUGGCUCUUCUCAGGCCCCUCUCCUCUGCACACUCACAGGCCCCACCUGCCCCAUGGUCCUCCUGAGGUGCCUCCCCAUUGUUCAAACUGACAGACACUACCCACCUCAGGGACUCGCAGGCCCCACCCCCAUGCACAAAUUUACCCACACCUGUAUUCCCUAGGGCACUUGUCUCUGGGGCGGGUGUGGGGGACAGAAUGCAAGUAAAACCAAAAGAGAGCUCUCUGGAGUGGAGGAAUGAACCAGUGGGAGGUGGUGUGAUUUUCCCCAGCCUGCCCUGGUCCCAUGGGCUGGGGAUGGGAGGUGCUCCCUCAGUUGCCUGCCCCUACCCCUGCCAUCUCCCAUAGAUUUGCUGCCAUGGGGCUCAUCAUGCUGGGGCUUAAAAGGGCUGCUUUGAUGUUGGUGAAGUCUGGGACCAAGUAAUGUUUGGUCUUGGGUGCUAAGAUGCUGAAUUCCGCCCCUUCUUAUGUCCCUGCUGUCUCCCUCUUGUCCCCUUCCCAUGCUGCCCUACAGCUGCCGCUGGGGUUCCUGGCCUUUCCCUCCACCCUCUACCUCUGCCUGAUCCUUUCCCCACCACCACCCCAUCCUCAUUUCUCCACCCCCUCACCUAGCCCCAGACGAGUCUCACUAAGAAGGCUGGGUCCUAAGGGUUUGAUGCACAGAGGUUCUGAGCUCUUGCCACUCCCAUUGACUUCAGCUGGAGCUGGCGGUUGCUCAGUGCUUUUAGAAAUCAGAAACUGGGUAGAUAAACUGGGAGCAGGGGCAUUGUAUCCUAUUGCAGGAGGGGGCAGUGUACCCCUGGGGGAUCUCUGAUCAGGGAGGGUGUGUACAGGGGAAGGGUUUCCCCCAAGUGCCUUCAUCCAAGCCAAUGGUGCCUUCUUAUGCUAAGUGGAUGGUGUUUGUUGUGGGGCGGGAGGGGAAACUGGGAUAUGUGGAUAUGGGAAGAUGUUUACAGGUCCUUUUUAAGAACCCUCCAACACCAUCCAAGCCAAAGACACACAGCACAUGGAAGUGGGCACAUGGAAGUUCCUCCUACGUUUGUCACAGCUGGUGUGGGAGUUGUCUUUUGGUGCCACCUCAAGCAUGGCAGGUGGCCUUCGUGUUAAUCUGCCCCAGGAUCGUGGUGGAGCAGGCCACGAUUGAUCAGAAAGGAGGGGUACGUAGCAAUUCCUGUUCAUCCUCCUAUGUGCCCUAGGGAACGUCUACACUUGGAGCAAGGGGUGUGAUUCCCAGCUCGUGUAGAUACUUGUGCUAGCUUUCAUUCCGCUAGCGUGCUGAAAACAGUAGUAUAGACAGCUUGGCCAAGUACAAACCCUCCUGAACCCCGUGGGUGCAGACUUGGCCCAAGUAGCCCCUUCCACCACUCUCUGCAGCUCCUGCUACCCCAGCUACGCUGCUGUUUUUACUGUGCUAGCUCCAUGAGAAGUAGGGCGAGCAUCUCUGAGCUGCAGGGAUUCGUAGCCCCAUCCUGUCAUGACCACGAUGAGCUCAGCUGUUGUUUCCCCUGCCCCACCAGCUAGGGGCUGGAGAGGAGGCCAGUGCGGCCGGGGCUUGGACUGGGCAUGUGUUGUUGGCUGAUAGUUGCCAAUCUGUGUUUUGAAAGUUCUGUCUAUUUUAAACGAACAGGCCAUUUUGUUACCAGGUUCGAAAUAAAAUCUAUUUAACCACA